AUGGACCAACAGGCUCCAUCGUCAUCCAAUCAGGACCCUCGUUUCGACUUCAUAGGGUCUUAUGCAGUAAAAUCGCUUAAAUUGAAGCCUGAAAAAUGGAUGAGGGUGCUGGGUUUGGAAGAACACAGGUCCACUUUGAAGGACUUUGUGGACAAGCCUUUGCCCAUGCUUUUGGUGGUGGUCCUGACGAAUGCACUACAAUUAGUACCGGUCGUGUCAUUCCCAUGUUACUUGAAGAACAAAGCUGUUUACUUUGUCAAGAAGAAGCCGGAUGCUAUACCGAAGGAAGAUUGUGCGCAGAUGGUUAUUUUUGGCGACCUAGCACCAAGACUAAUAGAUGAGUUAGCCGCACUGGUUGACGAGGUAUUUGUGCCUCUUCUUUCUAACCCGUUGAAUCAUCAAGGCUGGCCUCUUGUCGUCUCCCAAGAUAUUCUCAAACAAAUUCACAAUCUCAAGAGUACGGUUUAUGAGGUAAAAGGCAAAGUAAACGGUCAAACAGUGUUACCAAUGCCAGUGGGUGUAGAACUAGUCCAUGAAGCAGAGAAGGAACUGAUAAGAGGGAAGGAGGUAGACUUGUACUUGAAGAGUGCUAUCGAGGGAGUGGUCAUCAAAUGGGCUCAGCAGAUCAAUGAUGUGAUGAUGGAGGACUCUGCACAGGCAUUUGAUAAUGGACAGAAUCCGUCGCCGAGUGUUGAACUGGCGUUCUGGAAAUCAAGACUCAGUAAUCUGAACUAUAUUUAUGACCAGCUACGAACAGAGAGAGUCAGGUGUAUGGCGGUGAUACUGGAGAAAACGACGUCAGCCUACUAUCCUUGCUUCAGCAGACUGUUUAAGAACAUCGUUUCAGCAUUAGCGGAGGCCCGUGAAAUAGACCUGUAUCUCCGAACAUUAGAGAAGCACUUCCAAGGUUUAGAAGAGAUAGACUUCACGGAGUGUCAGCCGUUAUUCCGACCUCUCUUUCACGUUAUCUGCAUGAUCUGGAGAGACUCCAAGUACUACUGCAACUCCUCGAAACUCAUUGUGUUGUUGAAGCAGAUAUCCAAUUUACUGAUUUAUCAAGCCAAAAAAUGUUUGGAUCCAACCACAUUAUUUCACAGUGACAUCGAUGAAGCGACACUACGGAUACAAGUCACGAUAGACAUACUCAAGAAGUUUAAAGCGACCUUCGAAUAUUUUAAGGAAAAUUUGGGGAAAUAUUUCGUCGACAGGCGAGUGAUACCGUGGACAUUUCAUCCUAACGUUGUUUUUGAGAGACUCAAUAAAUUCUUGGACAGAUUGAACACGAUACAAUGGUUCUUCAAAACAGUUUUAGAAUUUCAAAAAUUGGAGAAGAUAGAGAUUGGUGGGAUGAAAGGAAGAGUUCUCGGAGGACAAAUCAGAGAAAUAUCAGCAGAAUUCGAUGCUUAUUUUACUGGGUUUGCCUCAAAGUCAUACGAUGUACUAGAUCCAGACGAUGAAACAUUCAAUGAAGAUUUCAAAGCAUUUCAAGAGAACAUUAUUGAUCUGGAUCUCAAACUUUCGACGGUUUUAGUUGAAUCGUUUGAUAAUUGCACGACAUUAGAAUCCAUUUUCAAGUUGAUUGAUGUUGUUGGAUCAGUUUUGGAUCGACCUCUUAUUAGCAAAGAAUUCACAGCAAAGUAUGUGGAGAUCAUAGUUAUGCUUGAAGAAGAAAUUAAUACUUGCGAAAGCAACCGUUUGGAGAAAUAUGGCAUGAUGGAAGUGGAUGCCUACCUGCCUCCCAUUGCCGGCGGCCUACUGUUCAUGACUACGCUAGCUGCAAGAAUAACCAAGCCUAUAGCUAGCUUUCGCAAUUUGCCGCACCCGAUAAAGGGUACGGAUGAGGCGAAGAAGAUCUUCAUAAGACAUGAGGAAUUGAUUGAGAAAAUCAAUGAGUUUAAAAGGAAAUAUUUUUAUGAUUGGACUCUUACGGUUUCGAAGAUCAUUGAAGAGACAACUAACAAUAUGAUACUAGCACGGCAAGGCUCGGACUUGGUAUUAAAUUUUCAUCCAAUGCUUCUAGACAUUCUGAAAGAAGUACAUCACUUACGAUCAAAUGAUCAGUACAAAGACAUGCUUCCAGCUGAUGCCUUAGCUAUAUUUGAGAAACAAGAAACGUAUAGACAAUACAGGAUCAAUUUGGGAAUAACAAUAGAUUGGUACAACCAGAUUAGAAAGAAUAGUCAAAAAGUGGAAUUUGAUUUGGUAGAAGAUGAAAUAAAGGCUAUUGAUCAGAGAAUUGAAAUGGCACAGAACAAACUAAAUUGGAAUUCAAAUGAUUUAUGGAAUAACUUGCAAGAACUUCACACAUUAGUAGGCAAUCUAUUCGAAAGGAUGUCAAAAAUACAAUCUAAUUUAGUGGAAAUCAAAGAAACUAUGAAAGAUUGGUCAGUACAGCCGUUGUUUGAAAGGAAGGAAGGAAAAAAGGAUACUUUAAUGAAUUUAGAAGAUCGUCCUGACAGGAAAGAUAAACGUUAUAAUGAUAUCAUUAGUACAGCUAAUCGAAUCAAUGAAUUGCUGAAUGAGAACAUGGAACUAUUCAACAUGCAAAAUAACCAAAAUAGUGAAAUUUGGAUGAACUACGUCGCGUUUAUUGAUGCGUUGUUGGAGGAAGCAUUGUUUAAAACUAUUGCAUGCAGUUUGGGCUACAUAACGGAACACAUGAAUCCUAAAAACAAAUUAUCUCCAUUAUUUGAAGCUCAGUUGGAACUUUUAGACCCAGACAUGGUAUUCGUUCCAAGCUUAGAUCCAAGUGAUGAGAAAGGUUUUACAGCAUUAAUAAAGAGCCUUAUUGAGGAUGUAGUAAAUAUGUCUACGUUGAUCGAGAGAAUUGAUAAGCAGAAAGAGCAGACUUAUGAGAAAGAAAUUAUUGGCAGUGAUGAUGUUAUUGAGAUGAAGGAAGAAAUUUUGAAUGGGAUCGAAAAGGUCAUUGAGGAUGCAAAUGAAUUUUGCAAAACCUUUGAGAACUAUUCCUACUUAUGGCUGGAAGAAAGAGAUGCUGUGAUGGAAAUAUUCCUGACAUACGGCAGGAUUUUAACUCCUGAUGAAGUGGACAAACUAGCUCUGGAAGAAAAAGAUAGAAUAGAAGGCGAUGUUCCAGUACCAUGUGAACCUAAAAUGGAAGCUUUUAGAGAGCAAAUUGAUCAUUAUGAAAAUUUGUUCAUGGAAAUUGAGGAUAUGCAGCCUUAUAAAAUCUUCAAUAACUGGUUUCAGGUGGAUGUUCGACCGUUCAGACAAGCUUCACUGAAUACUGUUAGAAAAUGGGGCAAUAUGUACAAAGAGCAUUUAGUCAAUAAAGUGACUUGCAGUCUCAGUGACUUAGGGAACUUUAUAAGGGACGCUGAUGAAGGCUUACUACAACCAGUACCAGAAGGAGACUACGAAGCACUCGUCAGAAUAAUGGGAUACCUGAUGCAUGUAAAAGACCGGACAGUAACCACUGAUGACAUGUUCCAACCACUAACGGAGACCAUUGAACUCCUGAAGUUCUACGACAUGGAUAUACCGGAAGAAGUGAAUGUGUUGCUGCAGGAACUACCAGAGCAAUGGCAAGCAACAAAGAAAUUGGCGCUGACGGUGAAACAGCAAGUAGCACCGUUGCAAGCUGCUGAAGUAUCUGGAAUAAGAAAGAAGAUAGCAACUUUUGAUAGCCAUGUCACGUACUAUAGAGAAGUGUUCAAACGAUAUGAGUUCUUCAAAUAUGACUGUGAAGAUCCUUAUGAAGUGAUGUCGAGAGUAGACUUUGAACUAUUGUACCUGGAAGAAGAGAUGAGGAGCAUACAGGAGUCAGGAUCCUUGUUCGAAGUAAACGUCCCAGAGUUCAAAUUGUUAAAGCAAUGUAGGAAGGAAUUGAGGAUGUUGAAGCAACUUUGGGAUUACGUAUAUAUUGUAAGAACUAGCAUAGAAGAUUGGAAGACUACACCAUGGCGUAAAAUAGAUGUUGAAAAUAUGGAUAUUGAAUGCAAAAAGUUUGCUAAAGAGAUUCGAUUACUUGACAAGGAGAUGAGGAGUUGGGAUACAUACAUAACCUUGGAAGCCACAGUAAAGAAUAUGCUCACAUCAUUGCGAGCAGUCGGUGAGCUCCAAAACCCAGCAAUCAGGGAAAGGCAUUGGGACCAACUGAUGAGUACAACUAAGAGCUUAGCAGCAUUACCACGUGAGCUCACUGUAAGAAUCGUAAUGGAUAUGAAUACGACGUUGGCUGAUUUACUUGCCCUGAACUUGCACGAAUGUGAAGAAGAAGUCAAGAAUAUUGUAGAUAAAGCUGUAAAAGAGAUGUCUAUGGAGAAGGUAUUGAAAGAUUUGCAUACUACAUGGAGUCAUUUGGAGUUUGAACAAGAAGUUCAUGCUCGUACACAGUGUACGCUACUGAGAGCUAGUGAAGAGCUUAUUGAGACUUUAGAAGAAAAUCAGGUCCAACUUCAAAACUUAAUAACAUCAAAAUUCAUAGCGUAUUUCUUGGAAGAAGUAUCAGGCUGGCAGCAAAAACUGUCUAUUGCUGAUCAAGUGAUUACAGUGUGGUUUGAAGUUCAAAGAACUUGGACACAUUUGGAGAGUAUCUUCAUGAGCUCAGAAGAUAUUAGAAAACAGUUGCCUGAAGAUUCCGCUAGGUUCGAUAGGAUUGAUGCUGAGUUCAAAAUUUUAUCAGCCGAAAUGGCGAAAACUCCAAAUGUAGUGAAAGGAACUAACAAAGAAGGUUUGGUGGAACAUUUAGACAGCAUACAGAAAGAUCUCAUAAUUUGUGAGAAAGCUUUAGCAGAGUAUUUGGAAACUAAGAGAUUGGCGUUCCCUAGGUUCUAUUUUGUGUCUUCUGCAGAUUUAUUGGAUAUUUUGUCUAAUGGAAAUCAAGCUGAUUUAGUUAUCAGACACUUAACAAAACUGUUUGAUUCGAUUGCUAAGCUGAAAUUCAUUGAGGAUCAAAAACCUGGGGAGAAGGUGGCUUCUGGCAUGAUAGCUAAGGACGGAGAAUUGGUUCCCUUUCAUGGAACUUGCGAUUGUACUGGAGCUGUUGAAAUCUGGCUGAACAGACUACAAGACAUGAUGAGAUCAACCAUCAGACACUACUUCGGAGAAGCAAUUGUAUCGUAUGAAGAAAAACCAAGAGAACAGUGGCUCUUUGAUUUCAUGGCCCAAGUAUCAUUAUGUGGGUCCCAAAUCUGGUGGACUACUGAAGUCAAUAUGGCCUUUGCGAGACUGGAAGAAGGAUAUGAUAAUGCUUUGAAGGAUUAUUACAAGAAGCAGUUAUCUCAGCUCAGUACAUUAAUUUCGUUACUGAUAGGAGAGCUGACGAAGCAAGACAGACAGAAGAUCAUGACGAUUUGUACUAUUGAUGUCCAUUCGAGAGAUGUUGUUAGUAAAAUGAUUCAGGCAAAGGUGGAAGCUGGGUCAGCAUUCCAGUGGCAGUCGCAGCUUCGACACAGAUGGGGCGAGAAAGAAUAUCAUUGUUUUGCAAAUAUAUGUGACGCGCAGUUUACAUACAGCUAUGAAUAUUUGGGUAACACUCCGAGAUUGGUGAUUACACCGCUGACUGAUCGGUGUUACAUCACCCUGACUCAAUCUCUACAUCUAAUCAUGGGUGGCGGUCCUGCUGGACCAGCCGGUACUGGCAAGACGGAGACAACAAAGGAUCUAGGAAGAGCUCUGGGCAUCAUGGUAUAUGUCUUUAACUGCUCUGAACAGAUGGACUAUCAGUCUUGCGGAAAUAUCUACAAAGGGCUCGCACAGACGGGUGCGUGGGGAUGCUUUGAUGAGUUCAACCGAAUCUCUGUAGAGGUGUUGUCUGUAGUGGCUGUGCAAGUGAAGUCUGUUCAGGAUGCUAUCAGGGACAAGAAAGAAAAAUUCAAUUUUAUGGGAGAAAUAAUAUCACUAACUCCAUCUGUUGGUAUUUUCAUCACAAUGAACCCUGGUUACGCCGGUCGUACAGAAUUGCCUGAGAAUCUAAAGGCUUUGUUCAGACCAUGUGCUAUGGUCGUUCCAGACUUUGAACUUAUCUGCGAGAUCAUGUUGGUGGCUGAAGGGUUCCAAGAAGCGAAGAUCUUGGCUAGAAAGUUCAUCACAUUGUAUACUCUGUGUAAGGAGUUACUGUCAAAACAAGAUCAUUAUGAUUGGGGAUUGAGGGCUAUUAAAUCUGUGCUGGUGGUUGCUGGGUCUUUGAAAAGAGGUGAUCCAGGAAGACCUGAAGAAGAAGUACUAAUGAGAACUCUCCGUGAUUUUAACAUACCAAAAAUAGUAACAGACGACAUGCCAGUAUUCAUGGGACUUAUAGGAGACUUGUUCCCCGCUCUAGAAGUACCAAGAAAACGAGACCUGGAAUUUGAACGGACAGUUAAACAGGCAGCAAUGGAUCUUUCUUUACAACCAGAAGACAACUUCAUUCUAAAAGUGGUUCAAUUAGAAGAAUUACUCGAAGUUCGUCACUCAGUCUUUAUAGUCGGUAAUGCUGGUACAGGAAAGACUCAAGUAUGGAAAACUCUAUUCAAAACUUACCAAAAUGUAAGAAAGAAACCUAUAUAUAACGAUUUGAAUCCUAAAGCAGUGACUAAUGAUGAAUUGUUUGGUAUUAUAAAUCCAGCAACUAGAGAAUGGAAAGAUGGUUUGUUAUCUGUAAUUAUGAGAGACCAAGCCAAUUUGGCUGGAGAUAAUCCAAAAUGGAUAUUACUUGAUGGAGACAUUGAUCCUAUGUGGAUUGAAUCUUUGAACACUGUGAUGGAUGACAAUAAGAUCUUGACACUUGCUAGCAAUGAGCGUAUUGCUUUGACUCCUGUAAUGAGGCUGAUGUUUGAGAUUUCUAAUUUACGUACUGCCACUCCGGCUACGGUAUCUAGGGCUGGUAUUCUAUACAUCAAUGCGCAGGAUUUAGGAUGGAAUCCAUACGUAACAAGCUGGGUAGAAACAAGAAAGAUACCAGCAGAGAAGUCUAAUCUCGUUGUCCUCUUUGACAAAUAUAUUCCAUCUUGUUUAGAGACAGUAAGGACCCGCUUCAAAAAGAUUACUCCUAUAGUGGACAUGGCUCAUGUACAGAUGCUUUGUCAUCUAUUGAACUGUCUAUUUGUACCGGAGAAUACACCGGCUGAAUGUCCAAAAGAAUGGCAUGAUAUCUUCUUUGUUUUCGCUUGUGUUUGGGCCUUUGGAUCUGCUAUGUUCCACGAGGGCAGUGUUGAUUAUAGAAUUGAAUUUUCGAAAUGGUGGAAUAAUGAAUUCAAAACUGUGAAAUUCCCUCCUGGUGGUACAGUAUUUGAUUACUACAUAGACCAUGAUACAAAGCAGUUCACUCCCUGGACUGAGAAGAUUCCAAAGUUUGAACUGGACACUGAUGUUCCUUUGCAGGCUGUUUUGGUGCCAACAGCGGAAACUAUAAGAGUUAGGUUUUUCCUAGAUUUGCUGAUGAAAAAUAAGCACCCAGUAAUGUUAGUGGGCAGCGCUGGUUCUGGCAAAACUGUUCUCGUCAAUGAAAAGUUACAAGGAUUAUCAGAAGCUUAUGCCAUACAAUCAGUGCCAUUCAACUUCUACACGUCAUCAGAGAUGUUGCAGAAGAUUCUAGAAAAACCUUUAGAGAAAAAAGCUGGUAGGAAUUACGGUCCACCGGGGAAUAAGACUCUAGUGUACUUCAUAGAUGACAUGAAUAUGCCUGAAGUAGAUGCUUAUGGGACGGUGCAGCCCCAUACGAUUAUCCGUCAACAUAUGGACUAUGGGCAUUGGUAUGACCGUACCAAAUUAUCCUUGAAAGAUAUCCACAACACCCAAUACGUGUCUUGCAUGAACCCCACUUCAGGCAGUUUCACUAUAAACCCAAGGUUGCAGAGACAUUUCUGCGUGUUUGCUAUCAGUUUUCCCAAUACUGAAGCUCUGAAUAAUAUCUAUCAUUCGAUUUUGAGUCAGCAUCUUAUCAAUCCGGAGUUGAGGAUCAAUCCGCAGAUAGCAAAAUUGUCGACGAAUGUGGUGCAGGCGACAAUUACUUUACACAACAAAAUAUCUCAAGUGUUCUUACCGACUGCAAUCAAAUUCCACUACAUAUUUAACCUCCGGGAUCUAUCUAAUGUCUUCCAGGGUUUCCUGUUCAGUACAAAUGAAUGUAUAGAGAAUACGUCAGACAUACUACGGUUGUGGCUGCAUGAGACCAGUCGUGUGUACGGCGAUAAGCUGACUGAAGAAAAAGAUAUCGAUGCUUUCCUCAAAGUUCAAGUUGAUAUCUGUAAGAAGAAUUUUGAGGACAUCGACGAAGGCGUAGUAUUCGAACGACCGAACAUCUACUGCCAUUUCGCUGGCGGUAUUGGUGAGCCGAAGUACAUGCCCAUAUUAUCAUGGGAACAGUUGAAUAAGUUGCUGACUGAAGCCAUGGCGAGCUACAACGAUCUCAUCGCUGCUAUGAACUUGGUGCUCUUUGAGGAUGCUAUGAUGCAUAUUUGCAGAAUUUCUCGUAUCCUCGAAAGUCCUAGAGGUAGUGCUUUACUGGUUGGUGUAGGUGGUUCUGGUAAACAGUCACUGUCUCGACUAGCAGCUUUCAUAUCCAGUUUGGAAGUGCUACAAAUACAGCUGAAAAAGGGAUAUGGAGUGUCAGAUUUGAAGAAUGAAUUAUCUCAAUUAUACAUAAAAACUGGUCUGAAGAACGUUGGCAUAAUGUUCUUGAUGACGGACGCUCAAGUAGCCAAUGAACAGUUCUUGGUUCUGAUCAAUGAUUUGCUGGCAUCUGGUGAAGUUGCUGAUCUAUUCCCUGAUGAUGAGAUGGAAAAUAUUAUUGCUGGUGUGAGGAAUGAGGUAAAAGGUGCAGGCUUACCAGACACAAGAGAAACAUGCUGGAAAUUCUUUAUAGACAGAGUUCGUAAACAACUGAAAGUGGUUCUUUGUUUCUCUCCUGUGGGCUCCACUUUGAGAGUGCGAUCUAGAAAGUUCCCCGCGUUGAUUAAUUGUACGUCAAUUAACUGGUUCCACGAGUGGCCCCAGGAAGCUUUGGUGUCUGUCGCCAUGAGGUUCUUGGAGGAACUCGAUAAUCUACCGGUAACGCUCCGAGACUCAAUAUCCAGAUUCAUGGCAUACGUCCACACUUCAGUUAACACCAUGUCUAAAGCAUACUUAGCCAAUGAGAGGAGGUAUAACUACACGACACCCAAGAGUUACCUCGAACAAAUCAGCUUGUAUGCUAAACUGGUCAAUAAUAAAACUGAUGAACUACGCGCAAAAAUUGUUAGAUUGGAAAAUGGUCUCGAGAAGCUCCGCAGUACAUCAUGCCAAGUAGACGCACUAAAGGAAAAGUUAGCAGUGCAAGAAAUAGAGCUACAUCAAAAGAAUGAAGCAGCUGACAAACUUAUUGAGAUGGUCGGCGUUGAAACUGCUAAAGUACAGAGCGAGAAGGCACUUGCGGACGAGGAGGAGGAAAAAGUAGCAGUGAUAGCUGAAGAGGUAUCUAAGAAGCAGAAAGAUUGUGAGGAAGACUUGAUAAAAGCAGAACCAGCGCUAGUAGCAGCUCAGGAAGCUUUGAACACUUUGAAUAAAGCUAACCUUACUGAGUUGAAGUCUUUCGGUUCACCACCUGGAGCCGUGACUAAUGUUACUGCUGCUGUGAUGGUGUUACUUGCUCCUGGAGGAAAAAUACCUAAGGAUAGGAGCUGGAAGGCUGCCAAGGUGGUCAUGGCAAAAGUGGACGUGUUCCUUGAGUGUCUUAUAAAUUAUGACAAAGAAAACAUCCAUCCUGAUGUCAUAAAAGCUAUCCAACCAUACUUGAAGGACUCCGAAUUUGAACCAGAGUUCGUAAGAUCAAAAUCGGCUGCAGCUGCUGGUCUUUGCGCUUGGGUCAUCAACAUUAUAAAGUUUUAUGAAGUGUUCUGUGAUGUUGAGCCCAAAAGAAAAGCUCUUGCGGCUGCUAAUGCAGAGUUGGCAGCUGCUACUGAAAAAUUGAGAUCUAUUAAAGCCAAAGUUGCCGCGCUCGAAGAGAAAUUAGCAACACUGACAGCAGAUUUUGAGAAAGCAACUUCAGAGAAGAUGAAAUGUCAGAAAGAAGCAGAUGCAACGAAUGCGACGAUCCAACUUGCUAACAGAUUGGUUAACGGUCUUGCUAGUGAAAAUGUCAGAUGGGCUGAAGCUGUUUCUAGUCUCAUGCAACAAGGCACAACUCUACCAGGAGACGUGUUACUAGUCUGUGCUUUCAUUUCAUACGUGGGAUGUUUCACCAAGCAGUUCAGAUUAGAUUUGAUGCACAAAAACUGGCUGGUCUUCUUGAAGACCUUAGAGCCGCCUAUCCCAAUAACAGAAGGUCUGGAUCCACUGACAAUGUUAACAGAUGAUACCACAAUAGCAAUGUGGCAGAAUGAAGGAUUACCGUCUGAUCGUAUGAGCACUGAGAACGCAACGAUUCUAUCUAACUCUGAUCGGUGGCCGCUUAUGAUAGACCCUCAAUUACAAGGUGUGAAAUGGAUAAAACAGAAGUACGGAGACAAGUUACGAGUGAUUAGAUUAGGACAAAGAGGUUAUUUGGACACGAUUGAGAAAGCGAUAAUAAAGGGAGAGACUGUUCUGUUCGAAAACAUUGGUGAGACCGUGGAUCCUGUCCUUGAUCCUUUGUUGGGAAGAACCCUGAUCAAGAAAGGAAGAGCAAUUAAAAUAGGAGACAAAGAAGUUGAAUACAGUCCAAACUUCAGACUAAUUCUACAUACAAAAUUAGCUAACCCACAUUACAAGCCUGAGAUGCAAGCUCAAACGACUCUAGUCAACUUCACAGUAACUCGUGAUGGUUUAGAAGAUCAACUGCUAGCAGAAGUAGUAAAAGCAGAAAGACCAGAUUUAGAAGAUUUGAAAGCAGAGCUAACUAAACAGCAGAAUCAGUUUAAGAUCCAGUUGAAGUCGUUAGAAGAUGAUUUACUAUCAAGGUUAUCUUCAGCUGGUGAUGAUAUCCUUGGUGAUACGGCCUUAGUAGAGAACUUGGAGACUACUAAGAAGACUGCUGCUGAUAUUGAGAAAAAGGUGGCUGAAGCAAAAAUAACUUCCCGCGAGAUUGAUGUAGCUCGUGAAUUCUACAGACCGGCCUCAGCAAGAGCGUCGUUAUUGUACUUCAUUCUGAACGAUCUUAAUACUAUCAACCCUAUCUACCAGUUCUCUCUUAAGGCAUUUAGCGUAGUAUUCCAAAAGGCGAUAUCUCGUGCGGAGCCUGCAGAUGAACUUGGUGCUAGAAUCAAAAACCUUAUUGAUUGCAUCAGCUUUUCAGUGUAUCAGUACACUUCUCGUGGAUUGUUCGAAUGUGACAAACUUAUAUUUGCUUCACAGAUGACUUUCCAGGUACUUCUCAUGAGUGAAGAAGUAUCGUCAGUGGAAUUAGACUUCUUUCUCCGGUUUCCUAUAAAACCUCAUGUGACUAGUCCUGUAGACUUCUUAUCGAACCACAGCUGGGGAGGUAUUUGCUCUCUGGCUGGUAAAGAAGAGUUCAGGAACUUGGAUAGAGAUAUUGAGACGUCACCUAAACGGUGGAAGAAGAUUGUUGAAGUAGAAUGUCCUGAACGGGAGAAGUUUCCUCAGGAAUGGAAAAACAAACCAGCUCUUCAGCGUCUUUGCAUGCUAAGAGCAUUAAGACCGGACAGAAUGACGUAUGCUGUAGCAGCAUAUAUUGAGGAAAAAAUGGGCGCUAAAUAUGUUGAAAAUAGGACAGUGGAGUUUAGUAAGUCGUUUGAAGAGACUAGUCCGACUACACCGAUAUUCUUUAUUCUAUCUCCUGGUGUAAAUCCGUUGAAGGACGUGGAAGCCUUGGGCAAGAUCAUGGGGUUCACGGCCGAUAAUGGGAACUUCCAUAAUGUGUCUUUGGGUCAGGGGCAAGAGAUAGUGGCUGAACAGGCGAUGGAUAUAGGUUUGCAGAAAGGACAUUGGGUGGUGUUACAGAACAUUCAUUUAGUAAAGAAAUGGCUGCCAAGUCUGGAGAAGAAGAUGGAGAGCUUUGCAAACGGUUGUCAUGAUGAUUUCCGUCUAUUUAUGUCAGCUGAACCAGCAGCUACUCCUGCAGCUCACAUCAUACCUCAGGGUAUACUGGAGUCCAGUAUUAAAAUCACUAAUGAACCGCCUACUGGCAUGCAGGCUAACAUUCACAAAGCUCUAGAUAAUUUUAACCAAGAGACUUUAGAGAUGUGUGGCAAGGAGGCUGAGUUUAAAGCGAUACUGUUUGCUCUCUGUUACUUCCACGCCGUGGUCGCUGAGAGACGCAAGUUUGGACCUCAGGGCUGGAACAAAAUUUAUCCUUUUAAUGUUGGUGAUUUGACAAUAAGCGUAUUUGUCUUGUACAACUAUCUGGAAGCGAAUGCGAGAGUACCUUGGGAAGAUCUAAGGUACUUAUUCGGAGAGAUCAUGUAUGGAGGACAUAUUACUGACGAUUGGGAUAGAAGACUCUGCAAUGCGUACUUGGAAGAAUUGAUGCAGCCUGAUCUAGUAGACGGUGAGUUGCAACUAGCUCCAGGGUUCCCAGCUCCUCCCAACACAGACUAUGUGGGCUAUCACCAGUACAUAGAAGACGCCAUGCCAGCAGAAUCUCCCUACCUCUACGGCUUACAUCCUAACGCUGAGAUCGGUUUCCUCACGACUACUUCUGAAAACCUCUUUAGAACCAUAUUUGAAAUGCAGCCGAGAGAUGCUCAAGCUUCUGGUGCAGCUACCGUUACUAGAGAGGAUAAGGUAAAACAAAUGUUAGACGAGAUAAUAGAGAAGUUGCCAGAAGAGUUUAACAUGACGGAAAUAAUGGGGAAGGUUGAGGAGAGGACGCCGUAUGUGAUAGUGGCAUUCCAGGAGUGUGAGCGGAUGAACUAUCUUACGGGAGAAAUGAAGAGGUCGCUUAGAGAAUUGGACUUGGGACUUAAGGGUGAAUUAACCAUCACAUCGGAUAUGGAAGAUUUGGAAAAUGCUUUGUUCUUAGACCAGGUGCCAGCGAUCUGGUCUAGUCGUGCGUACCCAUCGUUGCUAGGUCUCUCUGCCUGGUUCGUGGACCUUACGCUAAGAUUACGAGAACUUGAAACGUGGGCUACAGACUUUGUGCUACCAGCAUCAGUAUGGUUGGGUGGUUUCUUCAACCCUCAAAGCUUACUGACUGCCAUCAUGCAGAGUACAGCACGCAAGUAUGAACUACCUCUUGACAAGAUGUGCUUGCAGUGUGACGUCACCAAGAAGAUGAAAGAAGAAUUCACGUCAGCACCACGCGAUGGUGCCUUUGUUCAUGGUCUCCUAAUGGAAGGAGCUCGCUGGGACCAGCAAGCUGGCAUUAUAAUGGACUCUAAGCUUAAAGACCUGUUUCCUCCGAUGCCUGUUAUAAAUGUUCGGGCAAUUACUCAAGAUAAGCAAGAUCUCCGUAACAUGUACGAGUGUCCAGUGUACAAGACUCGUACCAGAGGUCCAACUUACGUGUGGACCUUCAACUUGAAGACGAAGGACAAGCCAGCGAAAUGGACUCUGGCUGGGGUCGCUUUGUUAUUGCAAAUUUAAUUUUUUUUUGUGUUAGUAAAAAGACUACGUGAACACUUGUUAUUAUUUAACUUA